GGCUGGGGCUCCAGUAGCCCCAAGGCAGAAGCGGCCAGAGUGCGUAGCCACGAACUACGUCCUCCAGGGCCCGAGUACCAAGGGCCCAAGUUGGAGCCGGACGCAGCGUUGACGCUGGACUUUGUAAUGGAGCUGGUGAGACACUUCCAACAUCAUAAGAAUGUUCCCUUACCAGCUCGCUAUCUCUGCAGGUUACUGGAGGAUGCCGAAAAGAUCCUCGAAGUGCGGGACAAAGAUGGCCCUGUACAUCAGUUGAGCAUGAAGACGUUAAGGCCCCACGAGACCGAAAACUUGGUCAUUGUGGGGGACCUACAUGGACAGCUUGCAGAUCUACUGUGGAUCUUUUUUAAGGUGGGUGUCCCUUCCCCGUCCAACCGUUUCUUGUUCAACGGCGACAUCUGCGACCGUGGCGAGAACGCGGCCGAGAUAUGGGCCCUGCUGUUUGCCUUCAUGUCCCUCUGGCCCGAAUCGGUUUACAUCCACCGCGGCAACCAUGAGGAUCGACUCCUCAACAUGGAUUACCACUGUGGAGGCUUCUAUGAAGAGGUCUUAAGAAAGUAUGGCCGGCAGGGUACGGGUCAAAUGAUCUACGAAAAGUUUGGACGAAUCUUCGCACGUCUGCCGCUGGCAUCAGUUGUCGACAACCAGAUCUUCGUGGUGCACGGCGGCCUCUCACGUGGCGCACCGGGGAGUUUCCUGCGACUGCUCCGAGCCAACCGGAACCGCAACCCAGAGAUCCCUUCGGCCUCGGCUGGCGCCUCUGCGGUGGAUCUGGCAUUCAUCGAUGCCAUGUGGGCAGAUCCUCAGGAGUACCCUGGCUCCUCUCAGAAUCCUCGGGGGCCGGGUCUUUCGGCGUUUGGUCCCGAUGUCACGGAACGGUUCCUGCAAGAGACCGGAUAUGCCUUGGUGGUGCGAUCGCACCAGGUGCCUCCGAACAACGAUGGCUUCUAUGUCCACCACAACCGAAAACUCUUCACAGUGUUUAGUGCUUCGAACUACUGCGGACUCACAGGCAACCAAGGAGCCGUGUUGAUCUUGAAGAAAGACAGUAGCAUCGAGGCGGUUCGGCACAUGGCACCAGCCUUCGAGCGCCUACAGGAGGUGGUGAUCGAGGCCCCAGAGGUUGCGGAGGAAACACCUGCGGCCGUACGCCGCACGCGGCAACUGCAACGUCAAUCCACCGCCGGACAAGUGGAGCUGCGCGAAGCUCAAGCCUCGCUGAAGGACGAGGAGCGUGCGCAGAAGAUGUACCAAGAGGUCUUUCAUCACGCGUCGAGGUGGGUGGUGGAGAAGAAAGCGGAGCUCUUCGCCUUUUGGGAGCAAUGUGAAGCAUCGCCGCGUCUUGGCGUCAAAGACGAAGACUUUGUCGUUCAUUUGGGCGGUCAUAGUGCGCAUCGAAAUUGUUUGGGUCUCCGAGUUCCCAGCUGCAACCCAGACAGCCUCACUGCCUUCCCAGUGGAUGGCUACGUGAGCUACGGCUGUGCGCUGGCGCAGCGCUGGCCCGGGGCGACCGUGGAGGUCUGCGGCUUCUGUGGGUUGGAGGCAGCCGAGAUGCUGGAAUCGAUGGAAGUCAAGGAGGUGGAGGAUGCGUGCGGCCAAGUCGGCCCCGGCCUACGCAAGCUGCUGCGCCGAGCAGAACAGCAGGGGCAGAGCUAUGACAUGGUGAUUUUGAUGGCCGGCACCAACGACUUGCAAGACCCGCGCAGUGCACCUGCCCCCAUCGCCACCUGCAUCAAGGAUCUGCACACCGCCUGCCACGUGGAAGGCGUGCGCACGGUCUGUUUGUCGGUGCCACCCAAUCAGUUUUUGAAGAACGCGCGCUAUCACGAGCGAUGGACCCGGGUCAACGAGCUCCUGCGCAGUUGGUGCCAAGGAGAAGGUCAGCAGGAGGGCGUGGUGCUCUAUGUGGACGUGCAGCAGAUCUUGCCGUACCCGGAUGGGUCCUCCACGGAACCUCGGUCGUCGCUGUGGAACGAGGAUGGACUCCACUUCUCAAAGCUGGGAGCUGAAACCUUGGGUUGUUACUUGAUGGAGCCUCUCCGCACCCUUGGCAGAGCUCCGAAGAUCGUGGCCUGCCCACAAGCCCUGGCACAGCCCAUGCCAAUGCGCUUGGAGAUUCCUGAGUCGGCAGCGGUGUCGGCGCCCAUGGAGCCAGUGAAGUGGCUGUUCUACGGGGACAGUCUCACGGCCGGUUUCCAUGCCUGCGGCCGGCUCUUCGCCCCCUACGCCGCCACGCUGGGGGAGGAGCUGCGGCUUGCGGAGCCCCACGAGCUGUGGGUCUGCGGUCUCAGCGGCUUGGAAGCCACCGAGCUGCUGAAGAAGAAGAACUCGGCCCAGAUCCGCGACGCCGUGCGUCGCACGGGGCCCGGCAUCGAACGCUUGUUGUCUGAGAAGACCUUCGACCUGGCGUUCAUCAUGUUGGGCACCAAUGAUUUGGCCAGUGGCGAGGAUGAGGAGACCUUCAACGCCAUCAAGAAGAUCCACGAGGCCUGCCACGCGGUGAAGCUGCGCACGGUGGCCUUGUUGGUGCCACCCAGCCAGGCCGUGGCCAAGUUUCGAGAGAUCGCCUACAGCCGAGAGAAGGUGAAUGACUUCCUGCAGCAAUGGGCCAAAGUGACUCCCAUGACCCACUUGGUGGACACAGGCGAGUUGCUUCCCUUUUCCAAAGAUAGCGAGCUCUGGGAGAUCGACGGUCUCCACUUCUCGCGCCUGGGCUCGCGCACGCUGGGCCGACGCCUUGCGCAGCAGAUCCAAGCGGAUCCGGCGGCGCAUGCCUUGCUCGCAGAAAAAACGCUGGGCGUUUUCGAUGGUAUGAAAGCCGUCGUUGGCGAGACGAUGAAUUGGAAGACCAUUGGUAAAGUCCUGAAAGUGAAAGAUACCCUCACCAAGGACGUAGACUAUCGUGCCUUCCUGGGCCGCUUCCGGGUGGCCGUGCUAGGCGGCCCGGCGGGCGGCCAACGCUGGGCGGAGGAGCUUCUGGGUCGAUUCUACGGACGUCUGCUGGCCUUGAAGGGUGACGCGGGGUCGUUGGAGGAGCUUGAGGGUUUCCUUGGUGGUGAUGACGGACAGGUGAGCGCCAACGACGCGCUCCAAGCCUUCCGCUGGGUGCUGGGUCCCACAGUCACUGAGGAGCAAUCGAAGGCGCUCCUCCGCACCCUGGCGGCGCACGCCCUUCCGGACCCUUCGCCCGUGGGGCGGCCCUUGGGAGUCUUCGAGUUCCUCUCUCGCUUGGACAUUUGUUUCCAGCAACAGGCGAGCUUGAACUCGAAGGGUCCUGACAAGCGCCUAGAGAAGGCCUCCCCCUGGGCCCGCUCGGUGUUGAGCCGCCUGGGACGCUUGCUGUGGAUGGAAGCCAUUGAUGGCUCUCCCAAGGCCGCCUCGACUCGGAUGCUGGACAUCUUCAAACAGUUCGAUCAGGACGGCGAUGGACUGUUACAGCGGGAAGAAUUUUCUCAGGCGGUGAAGCAGCUACUGGCCGAGUACAAAAGGGAUCUGCCAGAGAUGCUCACUGCUGAGAGUGCCUCCGAUGGCCGCAUUAGCGAGCUCGUGGACUUGGUGGAUAUCUCGGGGGAUGGCCUGGUGAACUACUUGGAGUUCUUGCACGCCUUUCAGCCAGUGGAUAGGACACCAGGUCGCGGCUUGCGUUUAGACCUCAUGGAGCAGAUUUGCACCACCAUCUGGCGGAACAAGGCCAGCCUCUUGCUAAAUUUUAAGUUCAUCGAGGAGGAGGUGGCACCUGGCCGCAUCAGUGGUCGCGUCUCGAAGGAGAAUCUCAGGCGCACACUGAAGACCCUGAACGCCUCCCUGGAAGCGAGUCAGGGAGUCGGAGUCCAUGGGGCACCUUUGACCACCGACCAGAUUGACAUCUUGGUGGACCACGCAGUGUUCGACGAGAACCACACCUUGGAUUACCAAGCUUUCCUGGACUCCUUCCAAGUGGUGGACAUGGGGAGCUCACGUGAAGGACAGGAACUCGCGGCCAGCAAGGGCGCAUCCGAGGGCAACGUGAGCGCGGAGUCCUGGAGGCUCUCCUGA